GAAAACAAAAAGUAUACACCGAAGCAUAAGUUCAUAACCAUUAAACCUUCUCUUCCUUAAAAAAACUCAAUCCUUAAUUUCAAAUGCGGCAUGGUCUCUCCACUGGCCAAAGCAGCCACCAGUAAAUGUUCAUCUUCUCAAAAUUCGCUUACCCUUUUGAUCUAAGACUAAGAUUUUCAGUUUCAAACAUUCAAAAAUUACCCAUUCAUGUUCCUUCUUCCUUCACUGCAAAAACUCAAUGUUCUCUUCAAUCCUAAAUUCUAAUCAACCUCGGGAUAAGCAACAACAGAAACAAAAAGGAGAAUGGUUAGCAGUGAGUUUCAAGGCAGAGAACUUCAUUCCAGGUCUUGUUAUAGGUUUCAUUGUUGGGUUGUUGUUAGAUUUAACAAAGCCCAGUAGAAAUCACUUGCCCAAGAAACAAUUGUCAUCUACCAAGCUUCAAGAGCAACUUUCAGUCUCCAGCAAUGGUGACCGAGAACUUAAAAUGGUUCUGGUCGUUCGACAAGACUUGAAGAUGAAAUCUGGAAAGAUUGCAUCUCAAUGUGCUCAUGCUGCAACUGGCAUGUAUGCUGAGUUAAUGCAAAGUGACCGGUCUCUUCUGAGACAAUGGGAACAGUGUGGCCAGCCCAAAAUUGUUGUGACUUGCAGGAAUCAACAAGAGAUGAAUAAACUAAAGGAAACAGCUGAGAGUAUUGGCCUUCCUACAUUUGUUGUUGCUGACGCAGGAAGAACACAGGUUUUGGCAGGAUCAAAAACUGUUCUUGCUGUUGGACCUGGACCAAAAUCAUCUGUGGAUGCGGUGACUGGUAGAUUGCCCCUGCUUUGACAGCAUUCCAGAAGCAUGUCCUAAUAUUAUAAAUACCUGAGCUUGUUGCUACUUGGUAUUGUGUUCUAACGCGUUAUAUGGCUAUGGUAUGCUUGUGUCCAUUAGGUGUAGUUGCAUGAAUUUCAUCAUCCUUUCUACCAUGAUGAACAAAAACUAUUUAUUUGUUAUUGUAUAGAAUUGUUGUAGGACAGUUUAAUCAGUCUCAUCCUGGUUAAGUUUUCAAAAGUUGAUUUUUUCUUUUAAAAAUAAAGUAUUUACUA